CGCGCGUUAACGGGAGACCGAAGCGCCAGCUGUUCUAGAAUCGAUCAGGACGCGUUAUGGGAACGUUCGGGAGCGCCGCGGCCGGCCUGGAAGAGGAUGAGGAUGAGGAUGAGGAAGAGGAGAAGAAGCGCCGGGAAGUUGAGCGUCUUCCUCCACUGCUCGAGGACGAGGAGAAUGUGUCUCUGGCUGAUAUUCUGUGUCUGCGGGACGGUGGGCUUUCGGAGCAGGAGUUGUGGGCGGUGUGUGUGGAGUGUGUUUGUUCUCUCCAGAGCAUCGGCCUCUCGCCGCUCUUUCACACCCUCUGCGUUACACCCGACACGCUGGCCUUCAACACUCACGGUAAUGUGUGCUUCAUGGAGCAGCUCAACGAUGAUCCUGACGGCUGUUUUGUUCCUCCAGAGUUUGAUAAGACUGGAAACACGUUUGAGGGUCACAUGUUCUCGUUAGGCUCCACCCUGUGGGCGGCGCUGGAUUAUGUGUCAGAGCUGCAGGUGGAGUUGAGUGAAGAGAGCAGGUGUUUGCUGAAGCAGAUGCAGCGAGAGAAACCUGAGGAUCGACCGCGACUCCAGGAUAUUCUCUCUCAGGCGGAGGCUGUGCUCGGUGACGUCUCGCCCGCAGUCAUCUGCCGGAAACUGUCUGCCAUCGGCCGAAGAGUCCUGUCCAUAGAGUCCCUCGCUGCUCUGCAAGAUGGAUGGGAGAAAUCCAAUUUCCAGUUUCUGGAUCUCAAAGCCUCGAGAUCGAACUCCACGGAGAAUCCCGCCGGCGAUCAGACCAUGAUGAGAAACUGCUCCUCUGAUUCAUACGACGGCGAGGAGCUGCUGCUGAGGCGCAGAGGUCUGGUCUGGUCUGGAGGUUCGGUCGAGCCUUCGCCAGACAGUAGGUCUCAGAACAGUUCUCCGGAGCACAGGAGGAGUCAGGAGAGGCGGCCCGGGAGAGCCAGGAGAGCCCUGAACCGCUCCUGCUCCGUCCCAGACUCCAACAACCCUCCGGCGCUCUGUCCUCCGUCCCACGCGCCCAUCAGCAUGAUGAUGACCGACCUGUCCGAGAUCACGGAGGAGGAGAGCUGGAGCGGGACACUGCGGCGGCCCAAACCCAGGGGUUCAGACUCGGAGGGAGAGGAAGAACCCGACGCAUGCGAUACGGUUCACACUGAAGAUGCAGAUGCUCGGAGCCCCGCGUCAUCGGAAGACGGAGGAACUCAGACAGACGCUGAAGUGCGCAGCUCCAACCUCGGCAACAAAACUGUGCUGUGCCUGAAUGAGGAAUCUCAGAAUCAGUGGAUCUCUUUGCGGGAGCUGCUCUCAUGCUCUGCUCAGCCGUUCUCAGUCAAUGAGCUCUGGGCUUUAUGCUACACGUGUCUCUCCACGCUACAGACCUACAUCGACCUCCCAGACUACCUGUGUCUGGACUCUGUGUAUGUGGGCUGCGAAGGAGAGAUGCUGUUGCUGAGACCUAAAAACUCAGCCUCCUGUGAUGCAUUUUUUCUGGCUCCUGAGUUUCAAGAACAUGGAAUUGUGACAGAAAAGGCGUGUGUGUAUGGGGUAGCAGCUGUUCUCUGGGCUACAGCCAAGUUUAAUUUGUCUCCCAAUCAAAAGCUGGCCAUGCCGAGAAAACUCAAGAGGCUUCUGCUUGAGAUGGCCAAAAGAACUCCAAUCGAAAGACCUUCUAUUGAAAUGGCGAAAAAGUCUUGCCGUGACUACCUCUCCCGCCAGGGAACGAAUGCCGAGAGCGUAUGGAUGCAGAUCAUCAGCCGAGUUCACCAGGCAUUCGAUGGGAAUAGAGAUACAGAGGAUUGGUCUUCUCCUGAGUGUGCUGAAAACCCAUCUGACCCACACUUGGGAGAAGUUAAGACAGGUUUUGUCCCGUUGGCCAGCGAGGGCCGGUUGGAGCCUGUAGCUGGUCCAGUUCCUCAUCAUUACCCAGAAUCCUCCACCAGCGUCAGACUGCCCGAGGCCUUCACUUCUCCUGCCACACACUUCAGCCCCAUAAUACUGACUCAUCACCCGCAGUCUGAGCUGAUUGUCAGUGGACGCUCUGUUGAGGACAUGGCGGAUGAAACGAUCCUGCGAGAGCCAGAUGAACAGGAAGAGAGCGCCGCUGAGGAUGAUGUUUUCUCUGCCGGUUAUUCAUCAUCAUCCAGCUGUAAGACUCUUGUGAAUUCCUCGCCUCCAGCAACUCUUCAAAUAACCAAUCAAGAAACAGACAACCAGCCAAACUUCCCCACCUUGUCUUGUGCUAAUGGGAUUUGUAACAACUUCCUGCUACAGCAAGACCCGCAGACAGGACGUCUGACCCUACUUCCUGUUCAGAUCGCCGUGCUUCAGCCAAUCACAGGCGCGGAUCACUUCAGCUCAGAACCACUAAACAAGAAGCCACCGAAACCUUCAGAGGACAGUAUGAGGAAUGAAAGCGUCUGUGUGACCCGCAGAGACUCGGCAGUGUCUCCUGAAAGUGCAGUGGCAGAUAUUACAGUUCAGCCCAACGCUGCGCCUCACUGUAUGAAUCUCAGCUCACCUCAGAGAUGCUUGUGUCUGCAGCACGUCAUUGAGCUGCUCAGAGAACAGUUUGCUUUUGAUGGCUACCUGGAGAAUGGAGUCCAAGAUCUGGCUAUGGGAAAAUACAUCAUCUCUUUAAAAACCCUCCAGUUUGAGAGCUUUUGUCGAGCGAUAACAGAGAGGUUCAGUGAUCUGUACUGGGAUCAGAAGCUGCUUUGUGACCUGCACCGUCUGAUCAACCAGAACUCCUGCCGACGCGUCUCUGAUGAACAGCCCUCCUCAGAGGCCGUGAAAAGGGCAGCAGCGUCGCUCCAGAGCGCCAGACAGUGUUUGUCCAGCAAGGAAAAAGCUCAUCGCAACCACAAGGCAAACCUCUGGCCCUCAGAUCGACCCGCGCCAGAGGACAACCAGCUGAACGAGAUCAAGAGAGAACCAGAAUGCAAACCAAAUGAGCUUAAAUACAGAGAAACAGCAGAUGGACAAAACCUAGAGCAGACGGGAUCUGAGACCAGGACUGCAUGCUGGAGACGAGACGCACAGGAAGUGACAUCAGAGGAUGACAACAAAGAGCUGAAUGAGCUGAUGGAGCUGCAGAGCGGCGCGCCUCCAGAUGGUGGUGUUUGUGAUGCUGAAGCGCUGGAGGACGGCGGCGGCGCUCGGCUCACUCCCGACUCCUCAGAGCUGGAUAUGGACGACUGUGACUCUCUGAUCUCUGAGCGGACGCUCUCGGUCUGCAGCGACCCUCAGCGGGCCCCGCGUGGCUCCUCCUGGGCCCUGGCUCUGUACGGAGACGACUGCUUCAGUCCGGAUGUGCUGGAGUACACACAGACACUCAGCAGUCACAGCGAAUCUCCCACGCUGGAGGACAAAUCACAGGAGCUGCACCAACAGCUGAUUAUUGAGAGCAGAAAUCUGAAAAAGACCAGAACUUUCUACCACAAGCUGAUAGAGCAAGAGAGGAAAAAUAAAGGUUCAGACAUGAAGGUGAUGGUGUCUAAAGUCAAGCAGCAGUUUGACGAGCUCAGAGCCAAAGUUGAGUUUCUGCAGUCUGUCAAGGAAUAUCUCCAGGUUUGUGCCCAAGCACACGCUGCAUUUCCUCUGCUAGCAAAUGAAGAUCCCUCAUCAGACAGAGCCAAAGUCUAUCAGCGCACUCUGGAUCUGUUACACUUCUGGAUUGAAGACGCACAGUUAGUGGACUUCAGCUCGAGCUCCAGCCUCCUGCAGAUGCUGCACACUUUCCUGACCGCUGAGGUCGCACCGGUUGACAGUCGAGGAGCGGGUUUGCUGGCGACGCUCCAGGCCUCGCCCAGGAAGAGGCGCGUCUGUGUUCCGUCGUGUGCAUUUGAUACCUCCAUCGAGGAGAAGCUCUCAGUGAACUCCUCAUGCAGGAGAUCAUCCAUCGAAGACGCUGCUCGAAAGUGGCGCGUGCCACGUGUGUUGGAGCCUCAGACGGUCCAGAAUAAAGAGAAAGGGUUCUCCAUCGCCGCUGCUCUUCCACGGCCGUGUUACACCUCUCUGAUGAGCAACAGCAGUCUGCGAUCAGAGGAGAGACGGCCCUUCAGUCAGAGCGAACACACGCCGCUGCACAUCACACAGCAGCUCACCUUACUGGAGCAGGAAAUAUUUCACGACUGUCAUCCGGUUCACUUUCUGAACUCGAGAGCUCACCGAGUGACGGAAAACUCUGGAAACAUUUCCAGUGAGGUGUCGGGGCCCCGGGGCCCGCUGCAGAGGCUCCUCACACACGCAGACUGUGUGGCUAACUGGGUUUCUGCUGAACUCGUCAUCUGUGACUCGCUCAAG